AUGCUGAUUCCGAAGGAUGACCGCAAGAAGAUCCACGAGUACCUCUUCCGAGAGGGCGUCUUGGUCGCAAAGAAGGACUUCAACCUCCCCAAGCACCCCGAUAUCGACACCAAGAACCUCUUCGUCGUCAAGGCCUGCCAGUCCCUGAACUCCCGCGGCUACAUCAAGACCCAAUUCUCGUGGCAAUAUUACUACUAUACUCUCACCCCCGAGGGCCUCGACUACCUCCGCGAAUGGCUUCACCUCCCCGCCGAGAUCGUCCCCGCUACACACAUCAAGCAGCAACGAUCGCACGCCCCACCCCGAGGUAUGAUGGGCGAAGGUGAGCGCGAGAGGCGACCGUUCGGCCGCGGUCGUGGCGGUGACCGUGGUGACCGCGGCGACCGUGGCGAUCGUGAGGGCGGUUACCGGAGACGGGACGCCGGUGAGGGUAAAGAGGGUGGCGCUCCUGGCGAAUUCAACCCUCAAUUCCGUGGUGGAUUCGGUCGUGGUCGCGGCGCUCCUCCUUCGUAG